ACCAAUAGUAAGCGUGUAGGCGGGACAUCUAGCUUGCGCUUAGCAGUUGAGCGUUCGUUUAGACUCAGUUUCUUAGCAACAGGAGCGGCAUUUGGCGCUGUGGAGUCAACGCGCAUGCGUACACCCCGUACGGAACGGCGGUGUGGGGACGAGAAGGAGAUUGAGCUGUGUCUGCGGAGAAGAUAGUAGAAUUACAUCUCUUCACCCCACUGAUGUCACUGCUGGGAAGUGCUGCAAUAAACCAGGGCCGCCAUAUUGGGCUCCAGCAACUGGAGGCCAUGUCAGCUGCAACUCAUACAUUUUUGGGUCCCAGUAAACGCUACAAAAUGAUCCAAGAUGAGGCAAAUGGUGAGGCAGUGCUGGUCUGCUCCUGUUAUCGUCUGCUGGAACAUCUAGAGCUCAGUGGCUCUGUGGCUCAGCUUCUACGUGAGACAGCUCGUGCUCACUGGGGGACACUGCGUUCAGGCACGGCCUCGCUGCUUUUUCUGGCUGGCGUCUGGAGCAGGGUGGCACUGGAAUGCCUUCAACAAGGCAUUUCCAUUCGACACAUCGUAGCCGGUAUGUCAAAGGGGUUGGAAGUGUGUCUAGAGGCCUGUAAGCUGAGUGCUGUGAGUGUGGAGUCAGUUGUUUCUAAGGCUGAUCAUGAGAAACAGCGACUAAGCGGGAAAACACAGAGAGGUGGAGACUGUAUGAAUACUGAGGAUGGCUUACUUUCAAAUCCUUCACUGAGUAGAGGUGUGAGGGAAUUGGCUCAGGGCAAUGCUACAACCAUAAAUAGUGUGCCUACACUUUGUUUCCUCAAAACUCAAUAUCCUGUAAAGCAUAAUUUAAAACUCAAACACAGCAGGCACUUUAACUGUAAUCAUAUAACAGAAGAUGGGAGGACACACACAAGAUUUGACAUCGCUCAUCUGGCUGAAGCAGUCUGUCACGGAUGUGAGACGACCAUGAGGUUAGUGAUUGAAGCUAGCAGGAUUCAGUGUAGAUACAGCCGUGAAGAUCAGGGACAUGAAGCACUAGACAUUGAUAAAAUGGCUACAUGUCUGUUGCCAGGAUUAUCUGAGGAGCAUGCGAGUGUACUCCGUGGGUACGUGGUGGUGUUGUCUGCAGAACAGACAUUACUAGUCAAGCAUUUAGAAGAACGGACAUUAAAGAUCAGCCUGGUGCAUGGAGACCUGAGUGAGAAACACCGUCACGUAGGUUUCAACAGGCCAAGAAAUGUUACAUACGUUAGUAAUUGCUCUGAUUUAACAGGAAUCAGCCAGGAGGAGGAAUGGAUGGAUGGGACACUGAGAAUACUUCUAAACCUCAAGGUAGAUAUUGUUCUUGUGAGUGGAGGUGUCACUGCUCAGCUGAAGGAUCACUGCCUCCAUUAUCACAUCCUGGUUAUCGAGCAUGUACGAGUGUCCAUUUUGAAUGAUUUUGCUACAGCUACGGGUGCUCUUCCUGUCUCGUAUAUCACACAGCUCAGCGAGCAAUGUGUCGGUUCCAGAGUCCGUUUGAACACACUCAGAGAGUAUCGCACUGAAGAAACAGAAUGGACUGUGGUGAGUGUUGUUACUGAUGACACAGCUCUGGUCACGGCACUCAUUACGAGCUCAGUUCACGCUAAACUCCAGAGCAUAGAGGAUCAGUUUUGGAGUUGUGCUUAUCGUGUGCACCAUGCCCUUAAAGAUGGAAAACUGCUGCCUGGAGCUGGAACUGCAGAACUGAUCUGUAUCCAUCAGCUCCAAAAUCACGGGAAUGCAUCUCAACCAGAGGAGAGAGGAGACGAGCUUAAUGCAGCCAGAGCAGCAGCAGCAGCAGUGCCGUUUGAAAAGGUGAUUCUGCAGCUGAUGGCAGAAAGCUGGAUGGAUUAUGUGUCCACACUGAUGGUGAACACUGGCCAUGUCAAGUCCAAAACACAGGCAUGGACAUGUAUAGCUCAGCAUUUAAAGCAGCUGGAGUACAGUGGACCUCGGAAUGACAAGAUGACAGAAAAUCUUCAGAAAAUGAAGAACUGCUUAGAAAUGAUGCACAGAGUUGGAGAAAGUGAGGAGGAAGAGGAUGACGAGGGGAUGGUGGAGAAAGACAGAGUAAAAAUGGAAGUGUAUGAUAAUACAACGGUAAAGUUUGAGGUCUGGAGGAGAGCUCUGGAUCUGGUGUUUUUGAUUCUUCAGACAGACACUGAAAUUGUCACAGGUAUAAAUAACAGAGAAGGACAAUUCAGAGAUUUUCUAAUUCUUUAGUGUCAUUUUUUUCAUUUAAGCUUAGUUACAUCUCACAUUGCUUUAAUAACAUCAUAAAUCCUGUCAGGUAAAGACGUCACCAGUGGCUUUUCUCGUCAGACUGUCCACUUCCCUAGCCCACUGUGUUUCAGUUCAUGGCUGUCUCUUUCGGUGCUUCCCAUUUUGUUCCAAGGUCAAUGUGUCAAGCAUGUUGAACAAGUCAGGUAGAUUUUGGCUCUCUGUACUCUGUAGCUGUUAAGAUUUGAGUAUCAGUGUUGUGUUCUGCUUGGACUUGGACACAAAAAAAAUAAACAAAUGUCUGGUUUAUGUGACAUUUAUCCAGAUGUCCAGUCUACAGACACUGUACAAUGCAUUAAUUGUAUUGCACUGCUAUUUAUGGAUCACAAUUGUUUUGUUUUGAUACCUUUUUUUAUAUUGCUUUUUUGAAAUAAAAAUUUCCUGGAUUAUUAGAUAC